AUGCCUGGGUCAAGCACGGCAUCUAGCUCGGUUCAGUCCAGCUCCCCGCCGAGGAUGCAGGCAGGCACGAGGCCGGUCGAAAGACCAGAGGGGCACGGCACAACACAACCUAGAAGCUACAGCGGCUAUGAAGAAGGCAGCUCCAGGACGAGAGUCUUUCCCAUUCGCCCCAGGUCAGAACGUAAAAGACGAUUGACCAGUACCGGCGAGGAUGCGAGGUCGCAAUGGGGACAAUCUGGAGGCACGGCUGGACCGGCCCGAGACAAUGGGGGACCCUCCAGAAGUAUCUUGCCGCAUAGAUCUGUCUCGAUGGUAUUGCCUUCGUCUCGUACUAGAACUUCUAUAUCCACAGCACCUGGCUCGUCAUUUGCAACAGCAAUUGAUAUCUCUUCCUCUCCCCCAGGGACGCCUCGUUCCUCUAAUUAUGGCGAACAACUACCGGGUUUCUCUCGACGGGAGCAUCCAACACCCUGGAUUAAUCAAUCUCGCUCCGUUGCAUCUGUUCACAAUGAUCUACACCCACCAUUUAUGGAUAUGGCUCUCCCCAAAUGGCAGGCAGAUUCGGACGUGUCAGAAUGUCCGAUCUGUGGGGUAGUAUUCAGCUUCUGGCACAGAAAGCACCACUGCCGAAAGUGUGGAAGAGUCGUGUGUGCAUCAUGCUCCCCACAUCGGAUCACAAUUCCUAGGCAAUAUAUUGUCCGCCCUCCUGAGUUCGUUGACUUCCUUCCUGAUUCCCCGCCAAUUCCUUCCAACUCUCCAUCAGUCGUCGAUCUCACAGGCGAUGACCCUGUUAUAUCAUCAUCACCAUUAUCAUCACCAUCAGCAUCAGUAGCAGCAACAGCAGCCACACUCAACCCUGCUCUUGGCGGAGGCGAAGAAGUACGACUUUGCAAUCCAUGUGUGCCAGACCCAAACCCGAAUCCCAUUAGCUACAGUACCGUGCGGGCACACGGCCACCGACCCACCCAUUCUCUUUCAUCCACUAUGGCCAACACAUACCAUGCCUCAUCGGGUCCAAGCAAUCCCGAAGCUCGUCAGGAACGACGAACUGUGGGUGUAAAUGAUCGACCGCAGUUCUUAAAUGAGUUGAACUCGCAAACUCGCCAAGUUCCCUCGCCCACCGCUGGCAUAUCCCGACCACAUCGUUCAUUUUCCAACCGCGACGGUAACCCAACCCGCGGACCUGCGUUGAACGAAGAUGAUUUCUGCCCCGUAUGCAGACGUCAAUAUCUUCCACUGAGUCCUGAACAGCCUCUCGAGGCGCGCCAAGCUCAUACCCGAGCGUGCAUCGAGGGUUAUUUGAGACCAACUGCCCCGCCCCGGACAUCAUCCUUGCAACAUGAUCAUCCACUGCCCCAUCCUCCACCGGUAGCCCGUAUGCUUCCCUUUGUGGCCACGGAGAAAGACUGCCUCGGUGAGGAUGGCCAGGCGGCAGAGUGCACGAUCUGUAUGGAGGACUACGAGGUUGGACAGACCCUGGCCCGCCUUGAGUGCCUGUGCAAGUUCCACAAGCACUGCAUUGUUGACUGGUUUGAGAGGAAGAUGGAGUGCCCUGUCCACAAGUUUUCCUAA